AUGUUUACCAGGCUAAGAGUAUGGGCUAUUGAGGAUGAAAGCGUUGUAAUGAAAGCGGAAAUUUGUCAUAAUGAAGAAAUAACGUGCUUUAAUACCUCAUCAAAAGGUACAUUACUUGUAACCGGUUCAGCUGAUUUAUCCUUGAAACUUUGGCAAGUCGAUACUGGCUUCCUUAUGCAGGUACUUGUUGGACAUGAGGAGACAGUAAUUUGUUGUGCUAUCGCUAAUGAUGAAAGUAUAAUUAUUAGUGGUGCGAAAGAUUCACAAAUUAUCGUUUGGGCAACAUCUACCGGAAAUGCUCUUUUUUCAAUGAAAACGGAAUCACCUGUAUUAGCAUUAGUUAUUAAUGCUGAUACAACCGUUAUUCUUUCAGGUUACAUAAUUUAUUGGAAAAGAAAUUAA